AUGAGCGUCCAGACGACCGCGACACGCAAGAGCGAGGCCGCGAAGCAGCUGGAUGGGAUCAGACGGGCAGAGAACGACGCAGAAUUGCGCUCCGGCGCACAGCGGUUGACGCUGGAGCUGCAGGCGGACGAGUCAGGGGCAACAGAGGUGCUGCAGGAUGAGCUGGCCGGGGUGGUCGCACGGCGGCUCGACAUGGUCGACUUCGACGCGUACAGCGCGCUGCUGGACUUGCUGAGCGUGGCAGCGAGCAAGGGGGCCGUGGGUCAGAUCCCGGCAGAGGACAGCAGGGCGUUGCAGCAGGCACUUUUCUCGGCGCAAGCGAGGGCAUCGAAGCUGCAGCACGCGAUCACUGCACUCUCGUCCGCGCUUGGCAGGCCGGAUGCUGCGUUCUCCACGCCCCAGAAAGCGGAGUCGGCGCGGGACACGGCCGCAGCGACCCCACAGACGGAACACGUUGGAAUUCCAAGAAUCUCAGCGGACAGCACGCCCACCAAGCUGGAUCCGAGCGCGAACGGCGCCACCGAGUCGCCCGAGGCCGCCUCUCUGCCGGUGCCGAGGCGCUUGGCGGAAAACGACGCGGAACGGCCCCGGAUGUCGUUUCCAGUGAAGUACCUGCCGCAGGUGCCCGUGGUGAGCUGGAACCUGAACGGCAGCGGCCCGGGCAAGGACGCCGACAAGUACGACGACGCGACGCGCGCGGAGGUGCUCGGGUCGUUUCUGGGACGCAUGCAGUGCGGUGGCGGCGCGGGCGGCGCGCGCACUCCCCCGGGCAUCAUCUGCCUGCAGGAAUUCCGCGACAGCGGCUCCCCCGACGGGGCCUGCGACGCGCGCGAGGCCGUGGCUGCGGCCGGCAAGGCCGCUGGCGCCGAGUUCGGCUACGUCCACGCGGGCCAGCUCCUCACGAUGUUCGACACCUCUCGCUACGAAGUGUACAAGCCGCGCAGCGACUCCACGAGGCCGGACUGGCAGCCGCCGACGUGGACGCGCAGGAAGUUCGCGUACACGCCGCUCACCGUCGUCCUCCGGGAGUGCGCGUCCGGUGCGGGGGAGAGCAUCGGGUUUGUCGUUACGAACGUGCAUCUGCCGGGGGGCAGCGAGGCGAAGGGCGGGGGGGGCGAGGACGCUGGGGACGGCGCGGAGGAUGCUGUCGAGGACGCGGAGGAGCAGUUGGCGCAGGUGCGGACGCGCCGGAGCACGCUGCAGCGGGAGGAGUGGCGGCGUCUGUUUGGGGGGAGUGACAGCGUGUACGCCGAGGUCAUGCGCGCGGCGAACGUCCCGGUGGAGCCCGCCGAGGCCCGCGACGAUGGUGGCGUAAGGGCUCUCGUACAUCUGGUCGUGGGCGAUUUCAACCUGCAACAGCUGUGGCGACAGCGUGCGCAACAGGACUUUGUUGACGACUGGGCGACGAUGAUGAGGACGUGGGAGCCGUACGGCGUGGCGCUGCGGGACGCUGGGCCGUCGCAGUCCGGGGAGAGGGACGUCGGCGCGCGCGUGGUGUCGGCGUCGGGUCUGAACACGUGCACAGGCUUUGUGUCGGACGGGCUCUUCGUGCGGCGGCAGGUGGUGCAGAAGAGGGGCGGGGUGGGGCUGGGGGGGGACGCGGCCGGGCGGUACAAGCUCGAGGUGCGCGUGCAGGCGGGGAUCGAGCCGCUGCGGCGCGUGGCGCGGGGGUCGGGGUCGCGCACGUUCGGGCUGUCGAACCACCGGCCCGUGGCGUCUGUGCUGACGUUCGAGGACAGGGAGGUGAAGGCGGCGAAGAAGGAGAAGGAGAAGGCGGACGGCGCCGGUCCAGGCGACGAGGAUGCCGCCUAG